CAGAGCCUACAAAUAUACAAGUUCACAGGACGAAUCAUCGCCGCCUUCUCGUUUGAGCUAUUCCCAGUCUUCCGUCAGUUUUCAAAACCCUCACUAGUCACUGCCCAAGUUCUUAUAUCUCUACAUAAACACACAUUUUAGGGAUUUUAAGAUCGCAAAGUGGGCGUUUUUGGUGGGUCGAAAGUAUACGGUGAUUUUUGGUUUUAUAACCCAGCGGAGAUGAAGGUUGUGGGAUUGGUCAGUGGAGGCAAAGACAGCUGCUUUGCCAUGAUGAAAUGCAUCGAACACGGCCACCAGAUUGUUGCCUUGGCCAAUUUGUUGCCGGCCGAUGAUUCAGUGGACGAGCUUGACAGCUACAUGUACCAAACGGUUGGGCACCAGAUAGUUGUCAGCUAUGCAAAAUGCAUGGGAGUCCCACUAUUCCGAAGGAGAAUACAAGGAUCUACAAGGCAUCAUAAACUUAGCUACAGAACAACUGCUGGGGAUGAAGUUGAAGAUUUGUUCAUCUUGCUAAAUGAAGUAAAACGACAAAUUCCCUCUAUCACAGCAGUAUCUUCUGGUGCUAUUGCAUCUGACUAUCAGAGAUUACGGGUGGAAAGUGUGUGUUCAAGAUUAGGUCUUGUUUCUCUGGCCUAUUUAUGGAAGCAAGAUCAGUCAUUGCUCCUUCAAGAGAUGAUACAGAAAGGAAUUGAGGCCAUCACUAUAAAGGUUGCAGCUAUUGGAUUGGACCCUAGGAAACACUUGGGCAAAGAAAUAGCCCAGUUGGAGACAUACCUACACAAGUUAAAAGAAUUGUAUGGAAUAAAUGUGUGUGGCGAAGGAGGAGAAUAUGAAACAUUAACACUAAACUGUCCUCUUUUUAAACAUGCUCGACUUGUGCUAGAUGAAUUUGACAUUAUACUGCACUCCUCAGAUUCAAUUGCUCCUGUUGGGAUCAUUCAUCCCUCAACAUUCCACUUAGAACCUAAGUUGGACACUGAAUCUCUAAGUGAUAGUGACACAAGCAAUGGCAUAAACCUGAAGAAUAUGGGGGCAGUAUGUGAAGUGCUGGGGGACUGCACGCAAAGAUGUGAAGUGGAGUGCCAUUCAGUUGAUCAAAACUUUGAUAUAGCUGAAGUUACUGAUAGCAAACUCCACAUUUCUAAAACAAGGAAUGAUGGCAUCUUUUCCAUCUCUUCCUGGUUCCAAGAUUCAUGCAAAACUUCAGCAGAUAUGAAAAAGGAUUUGAGGGCCGUGCUAAUGAAGAUUGAAUUGCAACUUGUGGAAUAUGGAUUCUCUUGGGAAAAUGUUCUUUAUAUUCAUCUAUAUAUUGCUGACAUGAGUAACUUUGCAGAAGCAAAUGAAACAUAUGUAAGUUUUAUUACACAGGAGAAGUGCCAGUUUGGGGUUCCAUCCCGCAGUACAAUUGAAAUUCCUUUGUUACAAGUUGGUUUAGGGAGGGCAUACAUUGAAGUCCUGGUGGCAAAUGAUCAAAGCAAAAGAGUUUUGCAUGUGCAAAGUAUCUCCUCCUGGGCUCCAAGUUGCAUUGGACCAUAUAGCCAGGCAACCUUGCACAAGGACAUACUCCACAUGGCUGGGCAGUUGGGACUUGACCCUCCAACAAUGUUGCUCUGUGGUGGAGGCCCCACUGCUGAACUCGAACAAGCACUAGAAAAUAGUGAAGCUGUGGCAAAAUGCUUUCACUGUUCAGUAUAUACAUCUACCAUUCUCUUUGUCAUUUAUUGUUCUGCACAUGUUCCUUCAUCAGAGCGAAUCACUAUUCAGGACAAGCUGCAAACAUUUCUGAAAACAAUGAAGUCACAAUAUUUACAAAAUGAGAACAAGUCUGACGUCCUUGAUCCCAUUAUUUUGUAUGUCCUUGUCCCUGAUUUGCCAAAAAGAGCCUCUGUGGAAGUAAAGCCUGUCCUUUAUGCUGCUGAUACGGAAAGCAAGAUUGAAAUUCUUAAGCAAGAACUGUGUGGUGAGCCAGUGCAAACUUAUUGGAGUUUUCCUCACGAACACUGGCAUGAUUUUUGCCUUCAGAGAUGUGUCAUUCGUGGAAAAAUGUGUGCAGCCACUAUAUCUAUAACAGAUGAACUUGCUGUGAAGAUCUGUUCUGAGACUACUGGUGCUAAUCAGGAUAAUAGGAUUCUAAAUUUUAGUACAGAGAGAAAUAUGGAUAGAAUAGCAAGGUUUUGCAUUUUUCUUAUUGAUAAACUCCUUUCUGAGAAUCACUUUUCUUGGGCUGAUAUAACGAAUUUGAGGUUCUAUUACCCAACGAACCUUCACGUGACUCAUGAAUUCUUAUCAUUUAUUUUCAUCAAUGUAUUCAAUCAAUUUGCUGAAGCCACUCAGAGAAUUCAGAUCAGUAAGGAACCAAUUUUCAACCUUGUUCCUGUCUUAGGAGCUGGGAGGUCUUCAACAUCUAUGGAUGACAUAAUUACCUGUGAAUUGUUUGCACUGCAAUCUGGAGCUCCCCACAAUUAGCCUUAAAGGAAACUAACUGGAAACCAGCAAGGAUAGCAGUUUAGUGUAACUUAAAAAUGAUCCAGUCCGCCUGUAAGUUGGCUGUUAAUUAUUUUGUUUCAUUGCUUGUUUAUAUGUUGUUGAGGGUGUGCUUUGGUUGCAAUGGUAAAAUUCAUCGUCACGUGUUUGAGUUAUCCAUAUGGUCUCUAGUCCCUUUGUAAAAUAAGAGUAAAACUACAUACAGACAGAUACAAUCGUCUCUCGUUCCUUGCAAAUUAAGGAGCAUGGUGUGUUGCGUUGGGGUGUUCUCUUUUUGGUUGUUUAUCUCCAACUCCAAGCAGAGAGUAUCAUUACCAUA